AGGCCCCAGCCCAGGGAGGGCAGGCCGGCAGCGGGAGCUGACUCCACCUUGGAGGGUUCUCUCCAGUCCUGGGGAGUUUGGGGAAGCGCCUUUCCUUUCCUAGUUCUGACAAGUGAUCCGGAGGAAGGCUCCGGCAGGAGGAAGUGCCUUGUUUGUUUUCUGCUUGGAAUUCAACAAGAGCAAUUCAGUGAUUUGAUUUUUAUGGAAGCUGGGUGGAUGCCUCAGUCUAACAAAGGGAGCAGGUAAGGGCAGCAGAGAUGGGCGAGGACUGUGGACUCCAGAAUCAGGCUUCACUCACAGCUUGCCACUCACUGGUCUGGCGUGACCCUGGAUAGCUCUGUUAUCUCCCUGGGCUUCAGCUUCUCUGACUGCAAAGUACCCUGCUUGCCUGCUCCCCAGGGACAGCAAGGAUUGAGUCGGUCAGCAGAGAAGAUUUGCCAAGGUUGGCUGAUGUGUGGUGACCCGCAGUGGUGGUGCCUUAAUUUCAGCCAGGUUUGGUGUCCCUCUGGGGAUGGCCCUGGCUUCAGGGCAGAGGAGAUGCACGAUCCUGGCCUGGGUUGGAGUCCUAGCUCUGCUUUCUCCCCAUGGCUGACUCUGUUGGACAAGUUAUUUCAUCCCGGGUCCCAGGCCACAGAGACGACUUAGCUGCUCCAGGUUAUGCCAGUGGGCUCCUGCUUGUGUGCUGCCACGUGUACUGAAGUUGUGCAGGGGGCGGUGGCCUGCAUCUAGGGUGGAGUGGACAGUGAGCGGGGCCCUCCCACAGGUUGGGAUGUGCCUCCUGACUCACUGGCUGCCACAGGAAGUGGGUGCCCAGGCCUGGGUGUGGUGCAGUGGGGGCUCCUGGGCCAAUCCCACCUCCUUUCCUUCUCUGGGUGAAAGGAAACCUUGCAUGGCUGCAUGAGUUGCUCCAGAAGACAUGGUCCCACCCUUGUUGCUCUGGAGAAAAACACACUCUGCCUUUCUGUGCUCUGGCAGCCAUGCCAUGAUGGGGGACACUCCCUAGUCCUGAGCCCCAGGAGCAUGGUGCGCAGUUGGCUGUGUUUCCCCCUGCUGGGGCGGGAGUCGGGGCAGCCAGAAGAGGGCGGGGGGCACACUCAAAACCAGCCCCAGAAAAGUCUCAUCCGUGUUCCACACUGAGGCCAGAUGCCUUCAGGCUGGAAGAGGCUGAUGGUCCCAUCUUUUCAUAAAGAUCCUGUGCCCACCACAGCCUCCCUCAGCACCGUCAUGUUCAACAUCACCGUGCAAGUAGGUGCAUCUGCGCUGAACGGAACGCUUGCCCAGGGCAGCAGCUGCCCCGACACCGAGUGGUGGAGCUGGCUCAAUGCCACGCAGGCCCCCUUCUUGUGGGUCUUGUUCGUGCUGGCCGCACUUGAGAACAUCUUCGUCCUCGGUGUCUUCUGCUUGCACAAGAGCAGCUGCACAGUGGCAGAGAUCUACCUGGGGAACCUGGCGGUGGCCGACCUCAUCUUGGCCUGCGGACUCCCCUUCUGGGCCAUCACCAUCGCCAACAACUUUGACUGGCUCUUCGGGGAGGCUCUGUGCCGCGUGGUGAACACCAUGAUCCACAUGAACCUGUACAGCAGCAUCUGCUUCCUGAUGCUGGUGAGCAUCGACCGCUACCUGGCCCUGGUGAAGACCAUGUCCAUGGGCCGGAUGCGUGGGGUGCGCUGGGCCAAACUCUACAGUCUGGUGAUCUGGGGGUGCACGCUGCUCCUGAGCUCACCCAUGCUGGUGUUUCGGACCAUGAUGGAGUACAGUGAGGAGGGCCACAAUGUUACUGCCUGUGUCAUCAUCUACCCUUCCCACACCUGGGAGGUGCUCACCAACGUCCUCCUCAACCUGGUGGGCUUCCUACUGCCCCUCAGCAUCAUCACCUUCUGCACAGUGCAGAUCAUGCAGGUGCUGCGCAACAACGAGAUGCAGAAGUUCAAGGAGAUCCAGACGGAGCGGAGGGCCACUGUGCUGGUCCUGGCGGUGCUGCUGCUGUUUGUCGUGUGCUGGCUGCCCUUCCAGAUCAGCACCUUCCUGGACACGCUGCUGCGCCUCGGCAUCCUCUCUGGCUGCUGGGAUGAGCACAUCAUUGACAUCGUCACGCAGAUCAGCUCCUACUUGGCCUACAGCAACAGCUGCCUCAACCCACUGGUGUAUGUGAUCGUGGGCAAGCGCUUCCGGAAGAAGUCUCGGGAGGUGUACCACAGGGUGUGCGGGAAAGGGGGCUGCGUGUCCGAACCGGUCCAGAUGGAGAACUCCAUGGGAACGCUGCGCACGUCCAUCUCGGUGGACCGGCAGAUCCACAAACUGCAGGACUGGGCGAGGAGUGGCAGUGAAGGGACGCCACAGGGGCUACUGUGAGUGUGCGCGAGGGCCGACACACAGUUGCUCUUCAGCAUGGGUCCAGCAAGGAGCGGAAGACACCCCUCAUGACCUCGGGCGAUAAGCCGGCCUCUCCGGGAAAACCCAGGAGGUGAUUCCUGCCCUGCCCCACUGCAUGGUGGGUCUGUGACAAUGGGGUGAGUGGGGCCCAGCCGGGGCGCCCUCCACACACAGUAUUAGUCUCACCUGCUGCCACUCCUGGGCCAGCCUGCUCCUUCCUAAACAUGGAGAGGACCUGGGCAGGGAAGGAAUGGCUGAGGGGCGUGGCAUGACUGCUCAGAGCUCCAGGAGGGCUGCGCCCCCCUCCGGUGCCCUGAGCCAGGGCACGCGCGGCAGUGCCUGGUGGAAUCUUUGUCCUGGGGUUCAUUAACCCACACAGCUCAGACUGUGGAGGCUGAUUUCUCAGUUAAACUCUGAGGGGUCCCCAUUAAGAACCCAGAGACCAGGAUUCCGUGGCUCCUCUUUUCUGUGCAAAAAAAGAACCCCGUAGGCACUCACUGUGUACCUCCUGGAGAGAUAACGGGACUCCAUCUCGGAGGAGCCCAGAAAGCCCUCGGGGAAGAGGAGGCCUGCGGGCAGGCGGGCUCCAGCGGGCUGUCUGUCCUGCCGGGCUCAGGCCAGGCCCUGUGGGAGGAACAGAGCCCCCUCAGCCAGAACUAGAUGCACAACCCCCUUGCCUGUGCCUCAGUGUCCCCUCUGUGACACGAGGUUGCGGGAGGGUAAAGGUGGCAACGGGCAUCAAAGGACUUUGAGAAGUGAAAGGUGCUACGUGAAUGUGAGGCAUCCUUAUGCACACGGAAUGGGAAUAAAUUAAUUAUAAGGAAAAGAUGCUGAGGUUCAGAAAUGGCUCUGUGGAUGGGAAUUGGCACAGGGGCAGAAGGUGGAGGCCCUCCGUCCCCCUCGGCCCUCUGCCUCUCCUCCCUGUCACCCCGCACACACCUGUGGGCAUGGGUGUAUGCACACACACACACAAACACACACAGGUGCUGGGGGAGGCCCCUCCCACGUUGGGAUCUUGAUGAGGCUGGGAGCAAUUUCUGAUGGGACACUGCACCCUGACCCUGGCCUGCUUCACCUGGUUCCGGUCUUCACCUGCUUUAUUUGACCGUGGCCCGGUGUGAUCCAGAGAGGAGCCUGAGUAGGAAACAGUGGAGAUCACCCGGGGCAGCCACCCAUCGAGACCCCAAAGCUUUACUACCAGGGCCUCAUCAGCAAGGGUGAGGCCUGUGUCCUGCUGGGCUGCCUGGGCCAGGGCAUGCGUGACUUUGAGGAACUCCUUGGGGACAAGGCAUCCACAGGAUGUUAGCCUGUAGCUAAGCAGAGAUGGGAGAGCAACUGGUCCAGAAAGCUCCCCGGGGCAUCUGUUUGCCAUUACAGGCUGGGGAGAGUGGUGAGGUUGGGGUAGAGGGCGCAGCAGCACUGGCCACAGGCAGAGGGGACAACCCGAUCCUCCUCAGGGCAUUCGAUUAUUUUUCUACUCAUCUUAAUAAUCUGCCUCCUGCAGCCAGCAUAGUCCAAAGCCCCAUGGGGAGAUGGGAAGGAAGGUGUGGUCCAGGUCUAGCAUCAAGCCACAUAGGACCGAGGCAGCUCAGGGUCAGUGAGCCCAAGAGAGGCCAGAAAUGAGUAUUCAGUAGACAGCUAGCUCUGUCCCACCUGAGAAGCUAGACCCAGGCCAGAGGUGGCAAAGUGCCCAUGCAUCCAGACCAGUCUCACCCUGAAUAUGAUCAUAAAAAGGUAGGUCAUGUAGGUCAGUGGUCUCCAAACAUUUGCAAUUUGGGAUCCUUAUAAGUGGAGAAAAAGACCCAACAUGUAUGCUUAGGAAUUCAAACAUACAUUCUAAAAUAUAUUCAGUGAGUAAUGGAAAAUUUCAGGAAAAUGUUACAACAUUUCUCCCAUCCUCCAUGCCUCCAUGGACAACUCAUCACCAAAUCCCCCUCAGGUGCCCAGGCGUCUUCAUGAGGCCCUAGAAUCACAGAGAUGGCAGUGAUUCAGUCAUCCCUUCACACAACAUGUAUUUAUUAAGCACUUACCAUUUAUUUGGUCUUUCCCUCAAAUUAGGAUUAUCCACUACAAUGUCCAGAUAAAAAGUCAAUGCUUGUGUAGCCCCAGCAAUGAGAACUCUGUUCCAUUUUGGGACCCUUUCAUUAGUCAUGAUUUGUUUAAUGAAUCACUCACUAAUUCUUUAAACAAAACUUGCAUUCCAUGUUUCCAUAAAUAGCACGGCUGAGCCAAGCAUGCACCCACACAUGCCAGAGACCUGGGCUCACUGUUCCAUGUACCCUCUUUGCCUUCCCUCCCAUGGUGGGUCUGCACCUCCUUAGAUACUACCCUCAAGUGCUUCCUGGUUCUGUCUGCUUCUUUCUGAUGCACCCAUCAUCUCCUCCUUGUCCCCCCCCACCACCCUACUCUCAGCCUUGCCCACCUCCCAAUCCUUGGUCUAUGUUUGGCUUUUAUCUAGAGGUCUCCCCAAAGCCCCAUGUGCUCAUACAUAGGUGGGGCUUUGGGGAAAUGGUUGGAUCAUGGCUGUGUGAUACUGGAUUAGUCCAUUGAUUGGUUUAGCAUAGUUGUGAGUGUGGGUAAUAGAAAGGCCCAUCUUGCAUAUGGGUGGCACCAAUCAAUAGGCUUAUAGCCUGGAUGGAAUUAAAAGAGAAAGAGGCUCACUGCUUCCUGUCUUCCCUGCCAUGGGCUACUUCUCCUCUGCCAUGUUGCCCUGCCUUGCAGCCAACCAACUAUGGACUGAA